AGACAUGCAUGUGGCCAAUAUACUAGAGAUCGAAAAUUGAAGAACAAAUAACCAACAAAGGGAUGUGUGGUGGCAUGCAAGCUCUCUAGCUAAUUUGUGCUAUAUGAAAUUCAGUGAAAUCCUUAGCCUAUAUAUAAUAUCUAAAGAACGUCAAAUUAUGAAAUUGAAACAACUUUAUUUACGUACUAAGUAGCUAGAGCUAGUGUUAAAUGGGUGGGUGUCCUUAAUUAUGAUCACAUGGUCAUGUUGUGGUAUUAAGACAUACACAUAAAAAGGCCCACUCUUGCUAGCUGAAUAACCAACAUAGCUCUUUAAACCCACUUGAUCAUCUACCCCAGCUUGGGGACAAUCACACAAAAGUACCCUACUCCUUUUUUCUAUUCAGAACCAUCCCCACUCCUUGAUUUUUUCUAUAAUGAUCUUUGCUUGCCCCUCAACUUAAGGUCUAGAGAGAAACUUGUGUAGUGUAAAAAUGGUAUUCCUUGGGAGCUUUUCCAUUUCCUCAAUAUGUGCUGGAUAUUGUGCAUGCACAUCCUAUUCAUUAGGCCUACUACGUAUCCUAUCAUUAGUGUUCUCGUACGCAACUUCUCCAAUGAAAAUUAUGGUUGGUUUGAAGUCGGCAUAUAUAAUAUAUUAUGUUUUUAUUAACGGUAAGACGACAAAGUCGGAGCUUAUAAUGAGUAUGUACCAUGUAGGAGCUAAAUACAAGAGACGACAAUAACUUUUCAGAAUUGAACUGGACCUAAUAUAUUCUUUAUCUCGCCAAUUUGUUGUGUUUUUUUCCACACAUGGAUACACAGCUUUAACCUCAAAGCAAAUACUAAGGAGGGGUAAUUAGCCUACACAUAGCUUCGUCAUUGUAUCAGGAUAAAUUUCCCUAGAUUAAAUCGCAAGAUAUUCGUUAUUGUAUUAGGAUACAUUUACCUAGAUUAGAUCGUAAGAUAUCUGGACGUAAUAUAUAAUAAAAAUCCCAUGUAUUGAUAUAUGAUGCUAUAUAUUGAAUUAUUGACUCACAAAUAUUCAACUUAGCCCAAAACAUAGUCAAGAAAAUCCCAUGUAAUCUAUCUAUCUCGACCAUAUACAUAAGAGCAUAAUAUGUAGAACGAGGACAUAGCAAGCAAGUCCACUUGUUUCUCCGAUGCACCUGUCUUCUUCGCCUCCAACAUCACUGUCUAUGUUAUAGUACUCUCUCUCUCUCUCUCUCUCUCUCUCUCUCUCUCUCUCUCUCUCUCUCUCUCUCUCUCUCUCUCUCUCUCUCUCUCUCUCCUUACAUCUAUUCUUGCCUCUUUCUCUUUCAAUAUUGUGUUUUGUGGUCCUUUCCCCAUUCUCUUUAUAACACACAACACUCUCUUAUCACUUUCUUCCCCAUUACUUCCAUUCCAUCAUCUCUUCUCUCCUCUCCCUCUCUCACCCUCCUUCCUCUCUUCAUCUCAAAACAAACUCUAACAUAUAAUCCCUCAUUGAAAGCUUCCCCUCUUCCCCAUCCCCAUAUCUCUUUUCUCUCUACAUCUCCUUUUCCAACUUACUUGUUAGCCAGCCACAUCUUCCCGAUAUUGCAAGCUUGGAAAUUAAGGUUGUGGUUGUUGUGUAGCGAAAUAAACGUACAAAUUAAUCAUCUUUCAUAUACUUAAACAGAGGCAGCAGUAAGGUGUUAGGGAACAAGGACGACAAUGUCGAGCCGGAGAACGUCGAGGCAGCAGUCUUCAGGUGUGCCGAGGAUCAGCGACGAUCAGAUCAUCCAACUUGUCUCCAAGUUACGCCAACUCUUGCCGGAGCUUCGCCACAGCCGCCGCUCCGACAAGGUGUCGGCGUCGAAGGUGCUGCAGGAGACAUGCAACUACAUAAGGAGCCUGCACAGGGAAGUGGAGGAUUUGAGCGACCGGCUGUCGGAGCUGCUCUCCACCAUCGACGCCGACAGCCCCGAGGCCGCCAUUAUCAGGAGCUUGCUCAUGUGAUCGAUGUGAUUUCAUCGCGCCAUCUCCACUUCAGCUAGCCACUCCGAUCCAUAUUCCAUAUAAUAUUUCUUCUAUAUUUAUCGAAAUAUCAAUUGACAGACAAACAAUAUAUAUGUAUUUAUGUUACUAUGUUUAAGUUUAUGUAUGUUUGUGUGUGAGAUCGAUGUAUGUGUGUAUGGCCGUGCUAGCUAGCCAUCUCUAGCUAGUUUACUCAAGCCGGCUGUAUAUCUUAAUUACCGACCCCACCAUCUAUCCCUACCUAAUUAAUUUACUUGCCUUAAUUAGUUACUGAUUAUAUAUAUAUUUUGGGUUUAAUUAAGACUGAUCUUCUGGUGAGACCUAGCUGCCUAAUCAAUGAUAUAUCUAUCUAUCUAUCUGUUGGCUAGCUGCUGGUAGCAUAGGCGGAGGGAGAACACCUGGUAGGUGAAUUCCAGGGGUAAAAAAAAAAAAAACACCCGAUGUAUGUUCACAACUUUCAAACCCAUGACCUCACUUUUGUGUAAGAUUGUUCUGCCACUGCGCCACAACUCACUACUUGUUAACAAUCUAACAUAAAAUAAAUUUAUUACUAAUAUAUAAAAUUCCAAAUUAAAAUUCCUAAUCGAUUUCUCUCUCAUCGGACAAUUCCUUUCUCCUUUCGCAACCAGAAACGCGCACCUUGCCUGCAACCGCGCAGCGAACGAAUCCCUCCUCCCUUCCCUUCAGUCGCGGCGUCAACGCCGGUGAACUCCAUACCCCCUCGUCGGCGGCAUUUGCUGCUUUUGACCAGGAGAAGUUGUUUAGUCUUACGAGAUUUUAUCCUGAUGAGUUUGGUUCCAUUCAUGAUACUAUCAUUCGACAAAAGCUUGUUGGGUAUGGUUGAUGAGAGAUUUGUCAGGUUGAAAAUGCGUCGUGGUUGCUUGUGAAACAAUGAUUGUAUUAGUCCGUUAUUUCUCUCUUAUCUAUGAAUAAACUAUUUUCAUAUUGUUAAUUUUAAUUAUAUUUAUGUUUAUAUUUUGAGAAGAGGACACAAGUACUUUUGAAUUCUGGCUCCACCACUGGCUGGUAGGCCCGGCUUCGACGACGUACGUACAUCAAGUUAAUUAAUUAAGAAUAUUUAUUUAUACAUAAUAUGAUAGAAGAGCGACUUCAAUGUAAUAUUGUAAUGUCCAUGAGCUGCCACAUGCAACCUGCGGUACGGGUGCCCAACAUGCAAUGCAAUAUAUUGUAACUAAUUAUUAUAUAUACUAAGUUUUUGUAUUGAAACAAAAAAAGAUUUAUCUAUAUCUUCGAUUUCUUUGCCUUUUCUUACGCUACGAGAAGGUACGUACGUGAUUAACCCGCAGGCAGGCAGAAGAUAAUUAAUUAAAUGAAAGAGGAAAGUGUACGUUACCAACAAGCGAGCUUACAAAAGCACAUCGAGCUGUUACGUUGCUAUUUUCACUUGAAAUUAAAUAUUUUUCAAUAAUGCUCUCUCACAAGCAAACACGCUGAUCAAGACCUUAAUGCAAGCUCAUGAGAACUGCCACUUUCCGACUUCGCUGCAAUAUUGCAUCUAAGUGCAUAAUUUACUGUUUAUUUAUCUUCUUUUUUCGACGAUUAUGGCUAGAUAUUUAUUCAAGAAUAGUUCGUCCAUGGUUCUAGUCAGACGCUAUAUAACUAAAACUCUCUUAGAGUUAGAGACAUGAGCCUUCCUUCAUUCUACCAAAAUUUAUUUUUUUGGGUAAUGUCUAUUUAUUAACCAAAUAUUUUUCGAAUUCUUUUAUUUUUGGGUAAUCUCCGUUAAAUUUUUUGUUUGAUGAUGGUGAACUGUCAGACGUGGCAGUAAAAAUGCCACAUCAGCCGGUCAAUCAUUGACCAUCUUUUAUGCACUUUUUUUUAUUAGUCAAACCUAUUGAAUUACUAAUAAUUAGUCAAAUGUUAACUUUCAGUUAGCAAUUUGUUAGUAAUAUGGACUUGGCAACAUGAUAUUGACUUGGAAGAGACACAUGGAUGUCAACAUUCCAAAAUUUUAGUAUUUUAACUAAGAAAAGAGUUACAAAAUUAUUAACGAUAACGUAAAAAUGGCUAAUACUUUGAUGCAUUACAAAAGAUUUGGUCAAUUAUUAGUAAUUCAAUAGGUUUGGCUGAUAAAAAAGAAUGAUAGUAAGGUGUGACUAAUAAUUAGUAUUUACCCAAUUUUAUUUUAUUUAUUGCUGAGGUGGAGCACCGUUAAAAAAUAGUUAAUGAUAAUGAAUUAAUGGCUAUUACUUGAACGUGUUAUAAAACGUUUGGCUAAUUCUUAAUAUUCCGAUAAGUUUGACUAAUAAAAAAAGGUUUAGCUAAUAAAUAGUCAUUAUACUUAUUUUUUUAUUUUAUAAAGUUGAUAUAGUUUCCUUCUAGCAAACUUUUUCCCCAUGAAAUCCUGAGUGUGAAUUUAAGUAGUCGAAAAAAAAUUAUAUGAACAAUAAUAUUAAUGAGGAGGGUGCUUUUUUGUCGGCAAGUAGGAAUCAAGUGGCAUAAUGGCCUCAUGGCCAAAGCCUAAACCGUCUCAUUUAGAUCCAUGCAUGUUUUUCGAUAAGAUAGAUAGGAUAGGCAGGCAGGCAAAUAGACACGAUCGAUGUUUAGCUAAAUGUCAUGCUCAUACAGAUUUAUGAUUGUUAGUUAGGCCACUCGGUCCUAAUUAAUUAAUUUGGGCAAUUGUUUUUGUGCAUGUCAUUACGUACUUGAAACCUGCUGCUGUUGGAUCAGUCUACCUAAUUAUUUUGUAUUAUUCGUGAAGCCAAGCCACAGAUUCAGACUACGCUAUCAUCGUCAUGAUUGAUCUUAUUAGAUGACGAUGCAUGAUCUUAUUAGGCUAACUAGCUAGGUUUUAUUAAUUCCACGUAAUUCCAAUUCAGAAUCUCGUAGAAUCAAAUUGAAUAAGAAUUAUAUAUGGUUCAGGAAACCUUUUUGAUAAACAAAUUUAGACGAAAAUUAAAAAACCUAGCAGUAGCAGGCUCACGUUGGCAGCAGUCCAAUCGAUCUAGUGGUCUCUAGAGCAAGCAAAGCAGUCAAUGUCGAACAAAGAAACAUGGCCAUGUCUGGCAGCAGAGGCCACAACCGCAGAUGGAAAGAAAUAUGGGUAUCUAACAUAAAUAAUGUUACCUAGAUAAACGAAAUUUUUUUUCUUUGUGUUAUUUUCUCACGUUUUUCGAUUCAAAACCCUAAAAACUUCAUAAGUUGAUUCUCUUAGCUUCAGGUUUAUUUUUUAAAACCAAAAAUUUUGUAGAGUGGUCGCUGGAAGAAGCACAAGAGAAAGAAAGAGAAUGAGAAAUAUGUUGGUUGUCAAACAGAGAGAUGGAAAGAUUGCUUUGCAAUUUAUUAAUUCGUUAAAAGAAAACUUUGCUCUUUAACUAACCUCAUUUUUUAGUAUGAACAGAAACGUGAAUGCUAUGUGCUACUAAUGUAGAUCUAAUGACACAAUAAACAUUGAAUUGGACAUAUACGUAUUUACAUGAGUAACCCAGAACUAUUCAAAUCCUAAUAAAUAAUAAUCACCAGAACUUACUUGUGGUGCUCACAAGAACAAUAAUUUCCACAUGCUCUUUCAACUGUGACUAAUAUUUACCACAAGACUUUCAUCUCUCCCUUUUCACCAUGGUUGAAUAACUAUUCCACUAUUUACCCUUCAUUGUCAUAAAGAACACUACAAAAUUGUUCAUAAAUAAACUGUGGAAACUUAUGUAAAAAAAAUGUCAUUGGUGCAUCAGAGCAUUUUUCUAGCCCACCAAUGGGAGAAUUGUUAGAGAUAGCAUCCAAAGCUGUAGUGUAGCAGACAUCUUCCACACACAUUAAUUAAUAAAUUUUUUAAGAAAAAAAUAAAUCAAAUCCAAAUUUUGACGUCCACAGGAAAUAAAUAAUUAUGUAAGGAAUUUUGAAACCUGUGAAAGGACCAACUAGAGAGCAGGGAGAAAGGGACUAAACUUUCCCUAACAAAGUCCCGUGACCAAUUAACACAACAUCCAGAAAUGUGUGAGACAAGUUUGGUGAAGGUGAAAGUGACAUUGUAUCUAAGACCCAAAUUAUUACAUGCGUUGCUGGUAAAAAAAAUUGAAUUCCAAUGGGGUAAAAGAAAAGUGGGAAAAGCCCAAAAUUUUGGGUUGGUGGUUAGUGGUUACCAUACCACAACAGAGCAAUAUUAUCUUUAGUUUUCUUCAUAUAUAUAUAUCAUAGCGAUAGGUAACAGAAGAUAAGAGAAUGAUUGGUUAGUGGUUGUGGUGUGUGUUCUUUGAUUGGGAUGAUAGGACUUUCAUACAUCUCCAGAAGAAUUAUGUUGUUUUGGUUUGUUUCACUGGUUGGAUUAAUCAUAUCGUUGGCAGUUAGGUUGGUAUUUUGUUUGUAGAUAUAUGGUUCGAGAAGUUUCGUGAGCAGGUAUAAAGAUUCGUUCGUUCAAAUUUGAGGAUUAUGGAAUAUCGGUUGGUCUACAUAUAGGUUUGUUAUUAAUUAUGUUUUGUUUGGUAGAUUUACAUAUCGAGAGUUCAAUUAGCGGACUUAGAGAUUUGUUUAUGUAUAAGCCUAAGGUUUAUUAGAGAAUUUGGGAUUGGUUUCAUAUCCUUUCCCAUAUAGGGAAUGAUGCUCAUAACCUCAUAUAGGGGCAAAGCUGUCUUUUUUCUUUUGUUUUGAGAUUUAAUAUGGUACACUUCUUUUAUGUGUCGUCAUUCCCCUGUUAAUAUACACAUGAUUACCAAAGCAAAAUCAUUAGCUUACACGCUAUGUUCUAAUUAAAAUUUAGUCCGACAUAUAUUGACCCGGUAUUUACUAAUUCAUGAAUUGUAUGAAAUAUUGUAUGAGCCUUCCAUUUUUCUCGUAGGUGUUCAAUUCAUGCCAUUUUUUUAUAAGGUGAUAGCAAGGUUUUCUACCCGCGGGUCGACCCACUUUGACUCUGACCCGGUAAGAUAAAUGAGUCGUACAUACCUGCCGGGUCGACCGAUACAACGUAUCAGGUUGGAGGUCAAAUUGUGUCAUUUUUUUCUUUGGUUUGCGAAAUGUGCUUAUUUUCCGAUUUUUAUUUUCGCCUAACUCAAUCUUUAGAAUCCUUAGUUGAACAUUUGAAUAUUGACGUUAUAUAAGUCUGUGUGAAUUUUCACUAUAUGUUGGAUCUAAGUACAUGUUACUUUUGUGUAAUGUUAUAUGUUAUUACUCAUGUGUUAGAUGAGAUUUGAUAUAAUUUAUUAGUAUAAGUACAAUAUAAUUACUCUUUCUAUAUUUCCAGGCUAAAACGGGUGACCCGUUAACCCUUGACCCACUAACUCGAUCGAGUCCGGAUCAACCCGCGGGUUGACAACCUUGGGUGGUAGCUUAUAAAAAAAUAAAUGAAUAAAACACAACGGUACAACAAGUAGGAUAAAGAGUAGGCUCAUUGCCUUCGUGGGGACUUCCUCUACUGGGAGUGUUUUAUUUGCUUUGGGGCAGUCAUAUGAAGGUAUUCAUGACUCAUUUGUAGCCGAUCUCUUGGCAUUUCGGGAUCCAUUAUAUUGGUGUUUGUCUCAGAGUUUUUUUUCUUAAAUUUUCAUGGCCAUUCUCGCUUGGUGAUUCGUCGGCUCUCGGCGGGAGACGACUCUCACUCGACUGGAGGUGCACUCCUGGAGGAUAUUCGUCGGUUGACAGGGAUGCUCGAGUUUUGUUCCUGCUCCCAUGUUACCCAAAACGCUUUUUCAUCGGAAUUUCGACGAUUUGUCGACUUCCGCCCGUGGAUUUGUUCUGUUCUCUGACUAUGACAUCAGACUUUUGUCUGGUUAUAACUAUGUUAAAAUAAGAGUAGGCACCUUGGUUUCAUUUGGUCUUUUAUAUUCAAAAUUUGUAAUAUUCUAAGCCCAUUGAAUCAUGUCCUAACUUCCAUAAGAAAUUACAAUAUUCUAUACUUCAACUGUAAAUUAUUAGCCCUAACACUUAUUGGGCACAAUUUUCAAUCCUUUUCAUGUAGAAAUUAUCUUUUUUCGCUUUUACAUCCAAAUCAAGAAGUUAUUUGCAUUAUUAUUAUCAUAAGCAAAUUAACUAGUCAUGAGACUAUAUAUGAAACCAAUUUUUUAUGUCUCCCUAGAAUGAGCAUAUCAAAAUUGACUAGUGAUCCUAGACCAUGAUACCCAAAAUGCUUAUUUUUAGGUCGUGGCAUAAAAUUAAAACCAAAUCAGAAAAAUGAAAAGAUAAUUACAUAAACUGAAAGAAAACAUAGUGACAUAGCCUAAAGCUUCUGCCACCUGCGCCUAAGUUCCUCCAUGGAGGGAACUGAUAGAGACCUUCCAUCAACCCUAUGAUCUGCAAUAUAAACAGAACAGACAGGGCUUUGAACUUUAAUUCAUGAACGUACUAAUCAUAUUAUAUUAUCAUUAAUUCGUGCUUAAGACGACUAACCACAAAAAAGGCUAAUGAUAUUGUUAGCAAUGUUAAUGGGAUCAAUUCAGCUGAUUGAUUGGUUCAGUUUUGCAUUGGUCAAUUAAUCCCCACAUCAAGCUGAAAAGGAAUGGGAGGAAAUAGAAUAAUGAAAGUUUUGAAUAAUUUUUGGGCUGGUCCAUCGAUGGAUGGAUCAACUGUUAGUAGUUCAACUUAAAGAUGGUUGUUGAUUCGUCAGACUAGAAAAUAUGUAAAGUGGAAACAUCCAAAAUAAUUAUGAGCAUUAUUUGCAAACCAAUAAGCUCCCUGGCCUUCCAAAUGCUACGUACGUACCUACUCCAGGGCCAUUGUCUCCUAUCAAAAGUUGAGUUAAUAAGCUGCAGUGUGAUUGGCUGGUUAUACAGCAAGUUACAGGUAGAUCUAACUAGUUUUGUGCCCGCCCGAUGAGCGGCGAAUUUCCUAUGUGUACUUUUUUCUUCUAUUAUCUGUAAUUUCUUCUAAUGGUAUAAAAUUCCUAAUUUUUAUAUUUAUUUAUUAUUGUCAUUUUUUUAUCAGUGUUUCAUCUAAUAUGAUCCAGAUUUUAAUCAUGAUCAACAAUAAUGUCAAACAACGUUGUAACUUCAUCACCGCUUGAAAAAUAGUAUUCAUGACCAUCCGAUCUUUGAUUCACCAAUCAUUUUUAACUUCAUAAGUUGUACGUGGUUUAAGCUAGCAUACGCCACCUUACCGUACUCCUAUCGAGUUUUGCUAUUUAGACCAUGUAUAUAUUAACGGAGUUUGGACAUGAUACUAUACCAUAGUUUCUAAUGGGUGAACUUCAGUCUCUAAUUCUCCAAUUAAAAUCUUACGAUUCGUGAAUGCAAAAAUAAUAACCACCGAUUCUUAUUUGACAAAAUAUAUUAAAGUACAACUAAUAGAUGUGAAUCAAGGUGUAUAUUACACCUCGAGUGUUCGCUAUCUUUUUCUACUAUUAUAUUAAAGUACAACCAAACUAUGAUGCUAUGCUUCUAUAUUACCUUCAACAUUUUAUGAAUGAUAUCAAAACAAAAUGUUAGUUAUAGAGACACUUUGGCUUCGCUUCACAUUAAUGUGUGACUGACUGUAACAGGAAUUGUUUGAUAACUUAAUACAAAUAUAAAGGCGCUCUAUUGUGCAAUCAGUACAAUAGAUGAAUUUACAAGACAUCGUUGAAGGUAUGAUCCCGCGUUGGUUUUACAGGACAUCGAUCCGGGUAUGUCUCGUGCUUUUAUAUAGGAUAUCGGUCAGGGUAUGAUCCCGCAGUGAAUUUACAGGACACCAAUAUAGGUACGAUCCGAUGUGGUAUACAGGACAUCUACUGUACUAUCCGAGGAGUGUAGGACUUGGAAAAUUAAGAAGUAAAGGGGCACUGAAUCAACCUAACCAUACAUGUGAUUGAAUCAUUGUAUAAAGAUUACUAUGACGCGGUUAAGUAAUAACUUUCUAUGAUGUGAUAUACGAAAUGUUCAUGUCGAUGAUGAUGGUUAUGUGAUGGUUUUCUUUGGUGUUUUAUACAAUGAUUUACCAUUAGAUGGUGUGAUGUUUUGCUAUGUUGGGACAUGGUUACAUGGUGAUGCCAGUAUGAUGUGAUACUUGGUGAAUACAUAUUUAUACAAUGAGUUAUCAAGAGACUGUUUGAUGGCCUUAUGUUGUGAAUAUAUGAAUUCCUUAAGUUUGAGAUGAUGCAUGUGUAUGGCAUGUGGUGAUGAAUGGAUGUUUAUUUGACUGAUUGAGAUACAACAUAUCGGGUAUAACUUAUGAGUGGGGUUAUCCGGCGAGUAUAACUUGUUACUAAAAAUAGUAAUAGUAACGGGUGGUUCUAUCGUACCUUGGGUAAAUCAAAGGUAUGACAUACCUUGAGUAGUAAGAAAAUGAUAUGUAGACCUUGAAUUGAUCGGAGUUCGGCAUCAGGUACUAUUCCAAAUCCGUGAAAGAUUAAAUUCUAGGUCUUGAUUCUAUAAAUCAUCUCAUAAGAUCAAUUUAAUUACAAACAAAAAUCGAUGGUCAUGAUUCGUCGAAAUAUAUGCAAAAAAUUAAGUGCACAAUCUUAUGGGUUAGGCUAUAUGAUUUAGGUAUCUAAGACCUAGGGUUUACUCAUCAAGGGUUAGACCGUUAGAGUAUGGUAUCAUGCACAAAAAUUCGAUUAAUUCGGGGUUUAAUAGUGUUUUCCUACUCAGGGUAUGUCCUAGAUUAUAACCAAGGUACGAUGUAUGCCACAAAUAGUAAUAUAUGUAUUAGGGUGUCACAUUAAGUAAGGAUUAAAAUAGUUCUUUACAUCUCAACCAUUAUAUAUAUAUCCAAUAGCUUAAGAUUCGUUAAGAAAUCUUGCUUAAUUUAGGUGCUAUGCAUCUAAACAUAUCUUAAAGUUGUGCAUCUACAUUCAUUUUGGACAAAUAAAUGGGCUUAUGUCAACCAAUAAAAAGAGAAAAGAAAUGAAUUAUAAGUACAUCAGGAAAAAAGUAAAGGAAAUGUGUUUUAUAAUUGCGCAUGAAAGAAAAUAUAAUCACAUAUAAAAAUAAAAAUUGAAAAAAAUUGGAAUCGUUUAUAAAUUUAAGAAAUUGGA